UCUCAAUUGGACCCGUUGACUUCUAUCGACUGCUGAACCAUGUCUUCAACCUUGCUUGCCUCGAACUUCACUUCGUCUCCCGUCACGAAAGACAGCAUUACGUCGCUGCGGCAUGAGGAGUAUACCUUUGACCAGCUGGUCCAAGAUCUGAAGAUGUACCUUGGUAGCUCGCGGGGUAUUGGCACAGAAGAAGUUGACCACCGUGUCCUCAUGGCAUUCAUGUCCAAAUAUGCCUCCAACCGAGCGGAUUGGUCUUGUUUUGCACGGAAUGACCCAAGCAAGAACUAUACACGCAACCUCGUAGCCAAUAUCAACGGACGGGCAAAUCUGCUGAUUCUAGUCUGGAACCCAGAGAAAGGAUCUCCGAUCCAUGACCAUGCAAAUGCGCAUUGCAUCAUGAAGAUUCUCGCUGGCGAGCUGAAUGAGGCAGUUUAUGACACCCCUGAUCCUGAACAGAGCCACGAGGCCCCGUUGAGGGUGAAGAAAGACACAACGUAUGGGACCGACGAAGUGGCCUAUAUUUGUGAUCAGAUUGGACUGCACCGGGUCAUGAAUCCUCGCAGUGACCAACUGGCCGUUUCCCUGCACUUAUAUACGCCUCCGAAUGCAGCGGACUUUGGGUACAAUAUCUAUGACCGGGAGUCGGGGCGGAGAAGUCAUGUCUACCAGGCGUAAUAUUUUAUCAAGACUGGGCUAUCGUGCGAUGCAAGUAAUG